CACUCGGCACAGGGGGCGGGUUUCCCUGCGGGCCCGAGUCGCCGCGGGGCGCCGCCGGCUAAGUGCGCGCCACUGUCCCCACGGCCCGCGAGUGGCGCUGCCAGGAGGCUGUGCUCUGCGGCGCAGCCCGCAGCCUCGCUACCCCCACGCUGCGAGCGAGCGAGCUAGCGAGAGAGCGACGAUGCACCCCGGUGACAGCGCCCUGAGCCUCCGCCCGGCCUCGGGGCAGCUGCACUGAGCCUUGCGCGCGGGGCCCGGUCCUCCGCGCUUCCCCGCGCUCCCCCGCGUUCGCAGUGUCCCCCACGCCCGCCGCUGCCGCGGCCGCCGCGCCUGGGCCAUGGGGCUGCCCACUCUGGAGUUCAGCGACUCGUACUUGGACAGCCCGGAUUUCAGGGAGAGACUUCAGUGUCACGAGAUCGAGCUGGAGAGAACCAACAAGUUCAUCAAAGAGCUGCUGAAGGAUGGCUCUCUGCUCAUCGGGGCGCUGAGGAAUCUAUCCAUGGCUGUACAGAAGUUUUCCCAGUCUCUGCAAGACUUCCAGUUUGAAUGUAUUGGAGAUGCUGAAACUGAUGACGAAAUCAGUAUUGCUCAGUCGCUGAAAGAAUUCGCGAGGCUGCUUAUUGCCGUAGAAGAGGAAAGGCGUAGGCUGAUUCAAAAUGCUAAUGAUGUAUUAAUUGCACCCCUUGAGAAAUUUCGAAAAGAGCAGAUCGGCGCAGCUAAAGAUGGAAAGAAGAAGUUUGACAAGGAGAGUGAAAAAUACUAUUCUAUUCUGGAAAAGCAUUUAAAUUUGUCAGCAAAGAAAAAGGAGUCUCAUUUGCAAGAGGCAGAUUCACAGAUUGGCCGAGAACAUCAGAACUUCUAUGAAGCUUCAUUAGAAUAUGUCUUUAAAAUCCAAGAGGUCCAAGAGAAGAAGAAGUUUGAGUUUGUGGAACCACUUUUGUCCUUCCUUCAGGGUUUAUUUACAUUUUACCACGAGGGAUAUGAACUUGCCCAGGAAUUUGCACCGUAUAAGCAACAGCUGCAGUUCAACUUGCAGAAUACAAGGAAUAACUUUGAAAGUACUCGACAAGAGGUAGAGAGACUGAUGCAGAGGAUGAAAUCUGCUAACCAGGACUAUAGACCACCCAGCCAGUGGACCAUGGAGGGCUACCUUUACGUCCAGGAGAAACGACCCUUGGGUUUCACGUGGAUUAAACACUACUGCACUUAUGACAAAGGGAGCAAAAUGUUCACAAUGAGCGUCUCAGAAGUGAAAGCCAGUGGGAAGAUGAAUGGCCUCGUUACUGGCUCACCCGAAAUGUUUAAAUUAAAGUCAUGUAUCCGACGAAAGACGGACUCAAUUGACAAACGCUUCUGCUUUGACAUAGAAGUGGUCGAAAGGCAUGGCAUCAUUACGCUACAGGCAUUCUCUGAAGCUAACCGGAAGCUCUGGCUGGAGGCCAUGGAUGGAAAAGAGCCGAUUUACACGCUGCCUGCCAUAAUUAGCAAGAAAGAAGAAAUGUACUUAAAUGAAGCAGGGUUCAACUUCGUGAGAAAAUGCAUUCAAGCUGUGGAAACAAGAGGUAUCACCAUUUUAGGCCUGUACCGAAUAGGAGGUGUGAACUCCAAGGUCCAAAAACUUAUGAACACCACAUUUUCUCCCAAGUCCCCUCCUGAUAUGGACAUUGAUAUUGAGCUGUGGGACAAUAAGACUAUAACGAGUGGGCUGAAAAACUACCUCAGGUGCCUUGCAGAGCCCCUGAUGACUUACAAAUUGCACAAGGAUUUCAUCAUUGCUGUCAAGUCAGAUGACCAAAACUACAGAGUGGAGGCCGUCCAUGCACUGGUGCACAAAUUGCCGGAGAAAAACAGAGAGAUGCUGGACAUCUUGAUAAAACACUUACUCAAAGUAUCAUUACACAGCCAACAAAAUCUCAUGACCAUCUCGAAUCUCGGCGUUAUAUUUGGCCCAACCCUGAUGAGAGCACAGGAGGAAACCGUGGCCGCCAUGAUGAACAUCAAGUUUCAGAACAUAGUGGUUGAAAUCCUGAUCGAACACUAUGAAAAGAUUUUUCAUACCGCUCCAGACCCAAACAUUCCUCUUCCUCAGCCUCAGUCUCGGUCUGGAUCCCGAAGGACUCGCGCCAUCUGUCUGUCCACAGGCUCUCGGAAGCCCAGAGGGAGGUACACGCCUUGCCUGGCAGAGCCCGAUAGUGAUUCUUACAGCAGCAGCCCAGACAGCACACCCAUGGGCAGCAUAGAGUCGCUUUCUUCCCAUUCCUCUGAACAAAACAGCACCACGAAGUCGACUUCCUGCCAGCUCAGGGAGAAGUCGGGUGGUAUUCCCUGGAUCGCGUCUCCAUCAUCUUCCAAUGGACAGAAAAGUCUGGGUCUCUGGACAACUAGUCCAGAGUCAAGUUCUCGAGAAGAUGCAACCAAAACAGAUGUGGAGUCAGAUUGCCAGAGUGUGGCCUCAGUCACCAGCCCAGGGGACGUUUCUCCCCCGAUAGACCUCGUCAAGAAAGGACCCUACGGGCUCUCAGGACUGAAGAGAGCCUCUGCUUCCUCUCUCAGAUCCAUCUCUGCAGCUGAAGGAAACAAGAGCUACAGUGGAUCCAUUCAAAGCUUAACUUCUGUAGGUUCCAAAGAGUCACCCAAAGCCACACCAAACCCAGAGCUACCUCCGAAAAUGUGCAGGAGGCUAAGGCUGGACACUGCCUCCAGCAAUGGCUACCAGCGACCGGGCUCAGUAGUGGCGGCAAAGGCCCAACUAUUUGAAAAUGCUGGGUCACUUAAGCCGGUCUCUUCAGGACGCCAAGCCAAAGCCAUGUACUCCUGCAAAGCAGAACAUAGCCAUGAACUGUCCUUCCCCCAGGGGGCGAUCUUUUCCAACGUACACCCAUCAGUGGAGCCAGGGUGGCUGAAGGCGACUUAUGAAGGCAGAACAGGACUAGUCCCUGAAAACUAUGUUGUCUUCCUCUAAUAGUAUUAGUGGAUGGCAGUAUCUUCAUGGUAUCCAUGGUAACACAUAAUAAGUGCUAUGAUUUUAUCUGACACAGAUAUGGGGACCAGCCACUAAAUGAAAACCAUCUGUUUGUCUCAAGUUCUUCACCAGCAGACUAUGUAGCUCCCACUGAUGGAAAGAGAACCACAAAUAUUUACAUCACAGCCAUUCCUUUUGGCUGUUUUCUUACUUUUAAAAUAAUCUUGCUUUUUUAUUUUUUGAUAAGAAGUGAUUUUUGACAGAGUCUGUUCUCUAGAGCUGCAGAAUCCCAGAUACUGAGCUCAGUUCUACACACUGCAAAUUUGGAAGUCAGAAACCUGCGGUACCCAUGCUGACGUCUGUUGUUCUGCAUUGUCUGGUAGUUUCUGGAGAACCUCGAAAUCAUUAUUUUAAAAGUAUAAUUUAAAUUGUACACUUAUUAUUUUUGUUUCUUAAAAAUAUACUGUUUUUAUGUGUGGUUGUUUUGCUGGUCCUAAACAUUUCAAGAAAAUCAGUUGUUGUUUUAUCAUAACUUUAUUUUUAUUUGUUUCCUAAGAUGUUAGUAUUUGAAAGCAAUAAUGUAUGUGAGUCUAUAAAGAAAGCUGAGUUAAGUCAAACACUGAUUCCACCAUAAGCAAUCUACCCAGAUGGCUUCUGUGGGUUCGGAGGAAAAAUCUACCAAGUGUGUCUGUAAAGCCUGAGACUAAAUAGUUUUGUGGCAGGCUAGAUUUGACUUGUGAACCACAGAUGAACAACUCCUCCUUUAGAAGUCAUGGAAACCUAUCUUGGGACUUUUACAAAUUUUCCCAUUAAAACACACGGGCUAAUAAAUCCCUUGUGCACAUUUUCUGCUCCCUAAGCAGCAUUGUGACAGUACAGGGAGAAUCAUGGGCAACUGUGAAGGUAAAGUGUGGCAUACAACCUGCAAUGCUGAGUGUGGCGUACAGCCAUCACCUGCAAUGCUGAGUGUGGUGUACAGCCAUCACCUGCAAUGCUGAGUGUGGUGUACAGCUGUCACCUGCAAUGCUGAGUGUGGCGUACAGCCGUCCUCACCUGCAAUGCUCAGUGUGGCGUACAGCCGUCGUCACCUGCAAUGCUGAGUGUGGUGUACAGCCAUUGUCACCUGCAAUGCUGAGUGUGGCAUACAGCCGUCACCUGCAAUGCUGCAGUCUUCAGGUAUUUUAAUGAUGGGGAAGUUUUGGCCUCUGAGAUGGUCUUAUACAAAUGAUAAGGACAUUGUUUGGAAAUUUGAAUUGGGAAGCUGUGCCUUCUAAACCUUGUUUAAUUGAAACAGAAAACAAACACCAAAGGACUAGAUUCUUAGGCCACAGAGUUUGAAUAUUUUAAGAUUUAUUUAUUUAUAUGAUAUUUUGUUCACAGGUAUGUAUGUAGUACAUAUGUCUUUUACCCAUGAAGAUCAGAAAAGGGAGUCAGAGAGCUUUGAACUGGAGUUACAAAUGGUUCUGAGUUACUACGUGGGUGCUGGGACUCGAAUGCUGGUCCUCUGGAAGAGCAGCGGUGCUCUUAACCACUGAGCCAUCUCUCCAGCCCCAAGCCACACAGUUUGAAAGCUUCAUUAGCAGGAAUGAAAUGUACAAAGGUUUUCUUUCUCUGAAUUCCACUGAAUUACAGAACUCAUAGAAGAAAGAGGUGUUUACUCUCCAGUUAUAGGUCAUCAACAAAAGGUUACAUAUCAGCCAUUUCUUCUAUCAUAAUCUAUUUCAACAAUUCCAACAUAUAAUUUCUAUGAGUGUCUACAAUAGGAAAAAGCCUUUAUUCUCCAUAGUCUAAAAAGUUGUCUCCCCAGACCCACUGCACUUGGCCUUGGUAUUUAACAGAUUCCUUCAGAGUUUUCACUAGUUCCUAGACACUCCAGUGUUUAAAGGUGUGUGUAGCUAUGUUUAUAUGCCACAGCCUAUAAUCUCAAUCCAUUCUACAUUGCAUCAGUAUUUCUAGAGAUAAUAGGCUGAACAUAUACACAGCACUGUGCCUCAGGACAUUUAUGCUGUUAAAUGAAAUAAAAUAAUGAAUUAGAAUGAACCAGUAACAGUAGACAGACAGAUCCAUCCAGAAAUAGCAUCAAUGAACUAAAGGCAGUGAAUGGAAAACAGCUCAUAAAGAUUAUGGUGUGAUGGGAAACUCUGAAGGAAGUUUGGAUCUUCCUCUUUCCUCCCAGCAUUGUUCCCUGUGCACUGCAGUGAGGUAUUGUGAAUUCCUUGGUAGGUGGGUGCCUGGUGGCUUAGUACACCAGGGUCGUUGCUGUCACUGACGACCUUUCCUGGGACAGAAGGUAGCCUUCAUAACAUCCUAGCAGCCUGGUCUACACCCCCUUGUCAUCACCCAUUUGCAUCAUGCUAGACCACGAUCCAUGAAGGGAAGCUGAUUUGCUUUCAAAGACCAACUUGACAGCAAAGAUCCAGUGUCUUCCUCUGCUGCUGCUGUGCAAACAAAUCUCAACUUUCAUUUUAUUUUAACAGACCAGAACAUUCCCACCUCCCUUGCCUGUAAGCUAAACCUAUGAUGCUCACUGAGGGCUUAGAGCUUUUUCUAUGUAGGAUGUGGGUAUGAAAUCAGCUCUCUUUUCUAAUGGUGAGAUUUACUCUGUGUCAUUAUUUGUUGAGGUUCCUUCCCUAAAACAAGACACAAACAUGCUGGUUCAUGUUGCACUUGUGCUUGAAGUUUUAAUCUUUUAGAUUUUUUUCUUUCUGUUAAUUACCUGUGUAAGGAAAUCGUGACAAUAUAUUGGAAAGAGGUUAGAGCCGCUUUCCCCAUGAAGUAAGUAUCCUACAAAUGAAGCAUUCAGGAGCACUGCAAAGACAAAGACGUAUGCUCUGAAGCCACAGAAGGUUGCUGUGUGGGAGAGCAUUGCCAGUCAAGGAAGAGUCAUGCCCAAAACUGGGAUGCCAUUGAAGCAGUGAAGAGCGUUACCUGUUCAGAGACAGUGGAACAUGUUAGAACGGUCAUAUCCUCACUCUGAACCCUACACGAAACAACAUGCACCCAGAUAACUGCUUACAGUGUGAGGGUGGCGUUGAGGGUCUGAUAUAAUCACCGUGGGUGAUUUGUGCAUUUGGAACACUGAUGUAUUUAACAGGUGACUCUUGGGCUAAACCAUCGUUCCACUAAGUUUAGUUCACACACAUUAGUCAUUCAACUGAACGAUUUCCUGAUGUAUUGUGUGUCAGUAUCUGAAAAGUAAAAUAAUCUUUCUAUUUGUACAGUGUCUGUGCAGUGUGAAGAAGCGUAAUCUCCGUGUGUAUUGGUUUGCUUUGCUUUGCUACAGGCAUGAAUGAAAUAUUCACCAGUAGCCCCUUUGAUGACUGACUCCUCCAGGGAGAGUGGAUUAAAGAAAGGACAUAAAAAUAUACUUUAUAUUUCUCAUAAUCCCAAACUAUCCAGGCCCCAAAUAAUGAAGAUAAAAAUACGUAAAACCUCCUCCAUUUUCUCUUCAGUAGUUAACCUUACAUGUUAUGGCUGCCUACUGAACACCUGCUAUGUUGGGAAUAAACAAAAUCUCUCUGUGCUUCUGUGACUAUUCCCUGCUGCUGACCUUGUUCCUAACCACUGGCCUCACAUAUUUGUGUUGCACAGAGGCUAAGUUAGAAAAGCCAUCAGGCGUCAACUCAGAGAACUUUAAUCUGUAGUGCAGUCUGAGCACACUUUAUCUACAAUUCUUGGGACCCAAGUCUUUUAGAUUUUGGAUUAUUAUAUAUAAAUGAGACAUCUUAUAUUCUUGGAGAUAUUCUAAAAUAUGCAGUGAUUAUGGGAAUGGGACCCAGGUCAAAUCGGGAGACUUAUUUCUGUUUCAUAUAUUUUCUAUACAUAGUCUUAAAGUCAUUUCAAGCAAUAUUUUUAAUUCAUGUACUGAAAUUUCCAGUUGUAGCAUCAUGCAAGUGUUUGGGGUUUGGGGUUUUAUGAUCAGAACUCCUUGCCUUUGUACCAAGCUUGUAAUGAGGGAGCCUUAGCAGCUAGAGUUCCAUAUGAUUCACUAUCCAGUGUGUUGACUAACACCAGGAGCAUGCAACCUUAGGAACAGAAUCUGUCCUUUAAUUUACAACACAUUAGUCACUUGUUGCUCUUACCAUGACCUCAUAUCACCGGGUAAGACAUGGAAAUCAUCUCUCAGUAAAAACAACAACAGGCUUGACUCCUGUUCAAAAAUUACAUUCCUGGUGACCAUAGAUGUUCCCCUAAGGGUUGAAAUUUUACUUCUUUUGUUUUACUUUUGCUUUUCAAAAUCAAAACACUUUUUAAAAAUGAGAUUAGUCUGUUUGAGCAGUCUACUCCAGCCGUCUGCUCUCUUUGAUUCAGAGUUAAUAACAGGUACUUAUCAACUUGCUAAACACAUUUAAUGUGUUCAUCCAUUGUUAUCAUUACCUUCCCACUUCAAGUGGCAAUACCUUUGGGAGAAGAGAUUUAUGAAUGACACAGAAGAUCAAGUCAUUGAGUGAUACUUAAAAAAUGAAUGGUAAGAGAGCCACACCCAUCUUUUUAUGAAACCAUAAGUAGGAAUGCUGACAGUACUCACUGGAAGAUGCUUGGCAAGGAACUAACCUAUAUUUGUUCCAUCAGUGUUUGUAAACUUCCCUAUAGACUAGGGGACCAGCAGAGUAUGACUUCAUUCCUCAUGACAUGACAUGACUCAUGACAGAUAGGCCACAAUUUAGGAUGGGUAUUUCUUGGGGUUAUAGGGAGAGGUAGAAUCUUGGUGCUUACUGGACUGACAGUCAAGGAAUCAUUCGUAAUGAUUUGUGAUGUUCUUGUGGAGGUCUACUUGAGGAAGUGAAGUGUGGGAGGGAGUUGGAGCUGAAGGUCCCUGGACAACCUCAGUUAGAUGGUGGUGUUCUUGCCUUCACACCAUUGGCCAUCUCUCAUGAGUACUUCCCAUAGUUUGCUCUUCCAUGGUUGACAUGGAAGCCAUGCCUGAACCCACUCACCUCUGAUGGAGUUUCUGUGUGCCCCAGUAUGUCCUCUUCCACCUACAUUUUAAGGAAAUGACUUGUACUCCGAUGGGUCUGAGAGCACUGCCUGUUCAUACUCUGUGCUUAAACUCCACAGUUCCAGCACACACUGCAGGAUGGAGGAGUUUCAAGAGUCCUUGAACUCUGAGAUGAAACCUUUAUGAGUAGUCUGACAGAGAAGACACCCGAGGCUUUCAUUGAAAAUCUAUUUAUGUACUGUUCAAGUCUAUUUAAAAGUCAGAUAUUUAGGUACUAAACCAGGAGUUUCUUUGCAGCCAUUAACAUGCAGAAUUAAAUAAUAAAUGUUGUGAAAACUAGUCAAUAAAUUAUGCUGAAUUUUUUUUUUGCUUA